GAAGUAUCGGGAACUCGGAAAGUAAGCGUGCAUCUUCCCGCAAUUUGUGAAAAACAAAGUUGAAAGAGUUCUGAUUUUUACAUUGCAGGAAAAAUACUCGCGAGUUAUGUCUGCAGAAGAAGCUUCACCUGCAAAGCGGGCCAAAUUGUCCAAAACUGACUCAUCGUUUGAAGGUGAUCAAAGUCAAGAUUUUGAUCCUGCAACACAAAAGGUUUUAGAAGACAUAGAUGCUUGUCAGAAUGAAAUUGAUGCAUUGAACGAACAAGCUAGUGAAGAAAUCCUGAAAGUAGAACAGAAGUACAACAAACUGAGGAAACCACAUUAUGAAAAGCGCAAUGAAAUGAUCAAGAACAUUUCCAACUUUUGGAUUACUGCUUUCAUGAACCACCCCCAGAUCUCAGCCAUCCUUGACGAGGAGGAAGAAGAAUGUCUGCAUUAUUUAACUACAGUCAGUGUGGAGGAGUUUGAUGAUAUCAAAUCUGGGUACAGAAUCAGCUUUAAAUUCUCAAGUAAUCCUUACUUCAGUAAUGAGGUUAUUUCUAAAGAGUUUCACCUGGCUAACACAGGGGAUCCUGAGUCCAAUUCCACAGAAAUUAAUUGGAAAGAGGGAAUGGAUCUUACAAAGAGGGCACAACAACAGACUAAUCGAAAGCGCCGUCGUGGGAGUGGACGGACUUUUUUCACCUGGUUCAGUGAUGUCAAUGAUCCAUCAGCUGAUGAUAUAGCAGAAGUGAUUAAAGAUGACAUGUGGCCUAAUCCCCUACAGUAUUAUUUAGCACCAGAAAUUGAUAUGGAUGAAAAUGGAGUGAGGUAUACAGAGGAGGAAGAGGAAGGUGAUGAAGAAGGAGAAGAUCUCGAUGACUCAGUCGUGGUGCUAGAUGAAGAUGAUGAUGAAGAUGGUGAAGAGGUGUAUGAAGUUGAAGAUGAUGAUGAAGAAUUUGAGACAUUGGACUCUAUAGGAGGUGAUGAUGAAGAUGAUGGUGUUGAGGUGAUAGAAGAUGGAGAUGAUGAAGAGGCAGCAGAAGAUGAUGAAGUAGAAGAAGAACCCACAAAAGCUAAGAUCCCAGUGAACGGUUCUAGUGGUGCUCCUGUCGUGGUGAAUGGCUCCACAGAGAAAGAGGAGGGGGGAGGAGAAUGAACCCCCCAUUAGACAGUAGAGCAAAUGUUUGUCAUAGGUCCAUUAGAGGAAAUUUUUAAUCUAGUUCUAUGAGCCAGUACCAAUGAUUGCUGCUUUAUAUUAUGUUCUCAUACAUGAAUCCUCUUUUUUGAUUAUCAAGAAACUUUGUUAUUUUUUAUAUGUAUAAUCACCAAAAUUUUUAAUCUGAGCGUAAUAUUUUACAACUUUUAAGUUGGGAAAAUAGCAGCAUCUUUUUGUUUUUGACAAGUAUAAUUUGUUGCCGGUGAAUGCCUUGACUUUGAAGACCAAGUUUAAUGAAGCAAAUAAUCUUGUGCAUGUAUAAAAAAGGAUAUCUUGAGCAGCAAAUUCUAUCAACCAAACUUUAAACUUCUUGCUAAUAUUUCAUAAUUAAUUUAAAUUGACACCUGUGCGAACACAACAAUAUCGUAACAUCUACUUAAGUGAUGGUGAUAUUGAUAAGUACAUACAUUGUAUAUAUCAAGGAUGUCAGGUGAUUGAAGUAUAACAUGUAGGGGGAAUUCGACUCCUGUUUUACAAUGUAGUAACGGUGGCAAUAAUUGGUACUCCAAUAGAACUGUUCUAUUAUUUAUCGUUGGUUUAGUCUGAAGAUUACCUUGUCCAUGAUUAAAUAUUGUCUAAUCAUUUGGUGAAUAAACCAUAACGUUACAUUCAUCACAUUUUGUAUGUAAAUCAUCUCUAAUUACGCACCUCCAUCUGUUAAAAGGACUUGGAUUUCGCUAGCAUUCAUCCAUGCAAGCUUUAUCAACAUGCACAUCAAUUGUAUCAACUUGAGAGUUUAUAUUAUAUUAUAACCAUUGAACCUCUUCAUAUUUGUGAAAUAUUCAUUUGUUUUCCAUAAAAAGUAAGAAAAAUUAAUCAAUAAGAAAAAUUACAGAAAGAAAACAGAAAAAUACCAUGCUAACUUAAAAUUUGUAUAAGGCAAAGAAAAGUGAUUUGUUCAUAUUUUUGUGAAGUUUUCUUUUCUUGUGAAUUUAGAUGUAUCUUUGAUACUAUAAAAUGCUGACACAAUAUGUGGAACUGCAAACAGUAUAUACAUUUAUAUCUACAUUUGGAACAUAAGCUAUUUUAAUCCAUGAAACAAUGGCUGACUAAAAAAUAAAAAGUAAACAAUGUG